AUGAAGUGGUUAUUGAUUGCAGUAUGUGGGGACUGCAGCAGAUUCGCACUUGAGCAAUCAUCGGCUCGUCGUAUGGACAUUGACGGGCCAGAAUCUGGGGAGAAUGUGGGCCAGAGGUGGUUCAUUCAUUCAGAUUGGGGCCACCUGCCCUGCAGAGUGCUCGACCGUAUGAAAGGCGCAAUGGACAGCAUUACACAUGGCCAAGCAACAACGGUGCAGCGGCUUCGCCUAGUAAACCGGCAUUGGUGCAAAUGGGUAUCAGAAAUGGUCACCUCUGUUACAGUUUUUGGAGAUCCAUCUCAGUCAGGAAUGCCAUCCUCUUGGGAUCUGGUGGUGGAUGCCAUUGCAAAUAAGUUCACGAGGGUCUGUUCCUUGAGUUGCCCUGAAAUCACUGAUGAGGGCAUGAGUCAAGUUGGCCGGCUCACAAAUCUGCAGCAAUUCAAUGUGCUCAGCUGCCUCAGGCAUGUGCAGUGUGACCAUUUGCAGCAUUUGGGAAUGCGGAUGGGAGGUUUGGAGCCCAAGGGGGUGUUGGCAAGGCCAAUUGUCAGGCAAGUUGUCCACGAUGGGAGGAUCACAGACAGUGGCUUGAUGCACCUGGGGAGGCUUGCGUGCCUCACCAGGUUGGACAUUUCAGGAUGUUCUGAAGUCACUGACAAUGGCCUGAUGGACGUUGCUCAUUUGUCAAGCCUCACACAUCUGGACUUGUCAGAUUGCCAAAAAAUUACAGACAGCGGACUGAGGCAUGUUAGCCGCCUCACAAGGUUGACAUAUUUGGAUUUGCUAAAGCUGAUCAGAAUUACCAGUGAAGGCUUGGAACAUGUUUGCGAACUCCAUGCUCUACAGGAUUUGGGUCUGGCUUGCUGUUCAAGUGUGACAAGUGAUGGCUUGAAGCAUGUGGGAAAGUUGACAGGACUUCAGCGCCUCGGUUUGUAUUAUGGCAGCGACAUCACAGGCGGAGGCUUGGAGCCCAUCACGAAACUGGCAUGUCUUUCGCACCUUGACUUGGGAUGCUGCUGCCUCGUCAGCGACCAAGGCUUGCAGCAAAUGGGAAAUCUGGAGUGUUUACUGCGUUUGGAUCUGGCUGGCUGCUCCCUCAUAACAGACAAGGGCUUGGAGCAUUUGUGCCAGUUGACAAACCUACAACACUUGAACAUUAUGGGUUGCCAUUCUGUAACAGACAAAGGCGCAGAGCGCAUUGGAAAAAUGCCAUCCUUGACACACCUUUGCCUGGCAGGCUGCAGCAUAACAGGCAGCGGUUUGGCACACAUUGAGAAGCUGACAAAAUUGGCGCAUUUGGAAUUGCCAAAGGGCUUGGACUUUGCAGGACAAGUGGAGACCGUUGCUUAUGUGGAAGGGCCUGCGCUUUGA